AUGGUUUUUUACUCGAACCCCAGUGAUAUUCCUCCCUCACCUCGGGAGCCACCAGAAGUGAUGGAACAGGACGCGGCCGCAGCUACGGUAGUCCACUUUGGCCCGCCACCCGAGAAGAUUUUGAAGAGGUACCCUCAACCGACACAACCUGCUCCCGUCCCAGAUCUCAGCCGUUUAGAGGGAAUCAUAGCGUCACUCUCUAACGCUAGCUCUGGAGCCAAUCCAAUACCUUUUACCACACCCACGGCAGCACCGCAGGAAACGUAUGCGCCGCCUCCUCCUACCGGCCCUACACCCGAUCUGGCGGCUCUUCUUGCGUCCCUGGGCCAGGCAACGUCUACACCAACGCCAGUGCAAGCUCCAGUGCAGCAACAGACUGCUCCACCUCCGUUCGAUUACGCCAGCUUGGUGGCCACUAUGCAAGCACAAGCAGCCAAUGGCAUGUCGCUUCCCCCACCACCGCCAGGUCCAAUGCCCUUUGCCUUUCCUUUUGGCGUUCAGCAUGGCAUGGCAGAUGCUUCGACCUACCAAGCAGCGAUGCAGGCUCAGUACGGUCAGCAAGAUCAGUAUGGCCAACAAGACCAAUACGGCCAGCAAGACCAGUACAGUCAGCAAGCCAACGGCGGGACCAAGCGAGCACGCGACGAUGGAACGAACAGCUCCAAUCAAGCUCAAGGCAAACGACCCAAGAACCGUGGCGAGCGGCCACACAAAGUACUUGCGUGCAAGUUCUACCAGAAAGGCACCUGUAAUAAGGGCGACAAUUGUACUUACAUCCACGACAACAACGCGUAA